AUGUCGACAUACAAACUUUAUUAUUUCAAUGCUCGUGGACAAGCUGAAGUAUCUCGUUUAAUAUUUGCUACUGCUGGUCAAAAAUAUGAUGAUAUUCGUUAUCAAUAUAAUGAAUGGCCAUUAUAUGCAAGUGAAAUGCCUUUAGGUGAAGUACCUGUUCUUGAAUAUAAUGGUACUAAAUUACCAGAAUCACGAGCUAUUGCUCGUUUUCUUGCUAAACAAUUUCGAUUAGCUGGAAGAGAUAAUUUUGAGCAAGCCAAAGUUGAUGCUGUCGUCGAUACAAUUAAAGAUUUAACAACGAAUUAUAUACAAGCUCGUUGGGAAGACGAUGAAAUAAAAAGAGAAGAAGUGACUAGAAAAUUUCUUCAUGAACAAUUACCUGAACAUUUACGUAACCUGGAAGUUUUAGUUAAAGAAUAUAGUAAUGGUGGUCUUUUCUUUAUUGGUAAUCAAUUAACAUGGGCAGAUUUACUUUUUUAUAAUACAGGAGAAAAUAUUCUUGAAUUAGAUCGAAAUUGUUUAAACAAUUAUCCAUGGUUAAAACAAAAUCGUGCAGAAGUUGCAAGACAACCAAGAAUUGCAGAAUAUCUCAGGAGACGGCCUAUUACCUCAUUUUAA